UUUAAGACGUGGCUCCAUACACUUUUCUAUAACGCAUACAUCAUUUGUUGAUGUAGAAGUGUCUAUCAGCGCGCAGGGAGACAAAAGCAAAGAGGCAUGCGAGGAGAAUGCGAUGCUGCCUCGGGGGGGUGUGGCCCUUCAGACGCCAGCUGACCUCGCAAGUCACGGUUGGGAACCAGCACGCAAACGCCAGGAUCCCGACCGCCUCGGGAAGAAGCGCUGGAUCCGGACACAGACGGUCUUCCUGAGGAGCCAAAGAGAAUGCCGGUGGUCAAAGUGGAGAAAGACCCUCCGGCGGACGCGUCCUCCGCAUGCCCCGACCCUCCGGAAGAGCAGCCCAGAGGCCGACGCAGGAAAAGACCCCUGCAGCGUGGCAAGCCGCCCUACAGCUACAUCGCCCUUAUCUCCAUGGCUAUCGCCAACUCCCCGGACCGUAAACUGACACUAGGCGGCAUCUACAAGUUCAUCACCGAGCGCUUCCCGUUCUACCGCGACAACUCCAAAAAGUGGCAGAACUCCAUCCGCCACAACCUGACCCUCAACGACUGCUUCAUCAAGAUCCCUCGGGAACCAGGGCGCCCGGGUAAGGGCAACUACUGGGCUUUGGACCCCAACGCCGAGGACAUGUUCGAGAGCGGUAGUUUUCUCCGGCGCAGGAAACGCUUCAAGCGCUGCGACCUGAGCACCUACGCUUCUUACGCGCACGACAAUCCGGUUUUCGCGCCGGUCCAGAUCGCACGAUCGUACUCCAACGCCGCAUACCCCAAUGUCACCGUUAGUCCAUCCUACGGGCAGCAGCUGAGCUCGUCAUACUACCCUUCCCCGUCGCCGCCCGGGUUCGGCCCGGGUCAGACUCGCAAUUUCAGUAUCAACAAUCUGAUCGGAGCACCGGACGGGAUGCCGCAGCCCGGCCGCAACUUCACCCCUGAAGGGAUCACCAACGGGUCCAGCCCCUGCACCCUGGGGCCUCCAUGCUUCCAGAGCCAGGGGUGCGGCGGGACCGUCCCACCUCGUUCCACCGCCUCCGUGCACCCGGGUUUCCCCUACUCCACACCGAAUACCCACCCCCACCUACACCACCACCACGCCGCGCCCCAGGGCCCUUAUGGACAAGGCCAAAGCCAAGUGUACGCUGCAUCCAGUCGCCUAGUCUCCUCAGGGGAGACAGCAGACCACUACGACAGAGUCUCACCAGUCCAACUAGGGUCUUUCUCGCAAUACAACAGCACCAACGCAGGGGGUUACUUGCGACAUCAGCCAUAUACCGGGAACAUGGACAGGUUUGUGUCUGCUAUCUGACAGUUGAUGUCGCACAUUGUAAAGCUACUACUUGAAAGACAGUUCUUUUCUUCAGCCUUUUCACACUAGAAUUCAGGGGUGUCCAAACAUACCACUCUGUUUUUUUUUCAAGUUUUAUUUACUACCAUUGGAGUCAAACAUCUGUGUUUGCCGGGAAAGCUAGCUAUUACAUCAUGGAGGAAGAUAUCGGGUGUAAAUAACCAGUUUUAUGACGGCACAAUAGCAAUUCUUUUGACAACAAUACAAUAUUUGCCGAUAUUACCAAGUCUGAUUCGAUCUAAGGGCCGUCAAUCGAUUGAAUUUUUAUUUGCAUUUCACCAAAAGCAAUAAAAAAAUUCAAGGCAAUUUUAAUGUGUUUGACAUUUUUGUUGAAAACUUUGGGACAUUUGAAUGACUUUUAAAAAAUAAUUUUGCAUUUCAGCGAAUUCUAUUCAAUUGUCUUAACAUAUUUAUAUAUCGAUCCAGAUGGAUAAACUUAAAUGAUAACAUUAGUUUUUCGGUCCUACUUGUGCUUAGGUGUCAAACUCAAGGCCCGUGGGCCAGCUCUGGCCCACCAGACCAUUUGUUGUGGCCCACAAAAGCAAAUAAUGUCUUAAAUUUAGGGGUGUCAAACGAUUAAAAUUUUUAAUCGAGUUAAUUACAGCUUAAAAAUUAAUUGAUUGUAAUUAAUCGCAAUUCAAACCAUCUAUAAAAUAUGCCAUAUUUUUCUGUAAAUUAUUGUUGGAAUGGAAGGAUAAGACACAAGAUGGAUAUAUACAUUCAACAUACGGUACAUGAGUACUGUAUUUUUUUAUUAUAACAAUAAAUCAACAAGAUGGCAUUAACAUUAUUAACAUUCUGUUAAAGCGAUCCAUGGAUAGAAAAACUUGUAGUUCGUAAAAGAUAAAUGUUAGUAAAAAUUAGAGAAAUUUUAAAUUAAAACCCCUCUUAAUGUUUUCAUUUUAUUAAAAUUUGUAAAAUUUUCAAUCAAAAAAUAAACUAGUAGCUCGCCAUUGUUGAUGUCAUUACACAAUGCUCACUCCCCAAACCCAUAAAAUCAUUUGGACCCAAGCGCCAGCAGAGGGCGCCAAACAACAAAAAACAAGUAACAAGCGGACAUUACACUGCUGUCAUUUUAAUCUGAGUGGGGCAUGUGCGUUAAUUGCGUCAAAUAUUUUAACGUGAUUAAUUUUAAAAAAAUGAAUUACCGCCUGUUAACGCGAUAAU